GUUGGUAAGCACUUUGGAGAGUUCGGAGAGUUUUUUUGUUUGUUUGGUUGGUUUUUAAAUUGUUUAAGGCGCUGCUGAAAAUCAUUUUCACAGAGGCACAAAUGAUUAGAUAUAGGAGGUCAGCGCCAUCAACAGGCAAGAGGCUGCACAGGCACUGUGAGAGCUGCCACAGCAAAUACUGCAAAGCUCCUAUAGAGAUCACGUUGUCCUGCAUGAUCAUCAACUGCCGCUUGCUGUGUGGUGCCUCCUUUCACAUGUGCAAAGAGGAUGAACACAUACUGCUGUGUCCUAAUGAGAAGGUGCCUUGCAUCAAUGCCAACUAUGGAUGCCCUUUCACUAUGUGUCGUUCAAAGCUGGCCAAACACCUGGAAGUGUGUCCUGCUAGCGUGGUGGUCUGCUCAAUGGAGUGGAACCGUUGGCCGAUUGAGGACAUAAAGUCACCUUUAUUUAUUAACCUCAUGAAGGACAUCCAUAAGCAUAAAGCUCUGGACGUGUCCAUGGCUCUCAGAGAUCAGAGGCAGCUAUGCAGCAGGCUGAAAAUGAGAAACUUCUUUCCUCAGUUGAUGCAAGAACCAGAAGAACCCAUUCCAACAGAAGCAGAAGAUGAGGCAGCAGGGGGUGACUUUUUGGUUAAUGGAAGCCAUGUGAAUUGCACGCGAGGUGAGAUCUCAAAAAAUGGCCCUGUUAGUGUCCAGCUGGAGGAAUGUGUUGAGAAAGAUCUCAGUGUGGAUAAAGAAAAAUACAACAUAUACGAGAAGAUGUUUAGCAAGGAGAGAGGGGGCUGCAGGCAGGCUCAGGAAGAAGAAUCAAAAACAAGAGUUCAAAAAGACAAGACUGGAUCAACUAAAGGUUCAGUUAACCCAUCUACUCAUGAUCAACAAGGAACUGUGUUAGAUAGGCAUGGAAGAGAUGCUGUUCAAUCAGAGAUCUCUAAAACUGGCUUUGCUCCUUGGCAAGAAGGAGUUCUAGAAAGACUUCGUCAAGAAGUAAAUCCAAGAGAGUACAACAUGUAUGUGGUUCACCAUGGACGUAUGCUUCUCGCCUUUGGCCAGAUUGAAGCUUGCACUCCCAAAGAUAAAGAUUUUGUUUACGGAAGCCUGGAACCAAUACCAGUUCAAACCCUUUGUUCUUUUAAUGUUCCCAUCAGUUACAGGCACAAACGUAUCCAUCUUAAAGAUCCUUCCACCCGAGUGCGCACUGAGCACAAGUGUGUGGACACAUCUGAUUUGUGUUUGUCUACGGAUGAGGACACUCAGAAGAUGGAUGAGAUGUUUGUAACUUUGCUGAGCGCUGCCGAAGUGGAGAUCAGAGGACACAAGAUCAGUGAAUCUGUGGCCACAGACGGACUUUAUGUUGAUAUUGCAACUCAGACAUAUGACUUUCUCACAGCUCCAUUUAAGUACAAUGCCACUUUGGCUGAUAUUACAGAGGAAAGGGAUUCAAAACUUUAUCUUCAGAUCGAUACAGAGAGUGUGACACUGAGACACAACAAAUCCACUUCGGCAUUCACAUUUAUGUGUGAACAUUUCUUCAGAAGGGAUGAGUUUGCAUCUCACUUUAAAAACGUGCACUCAGAUAUCCAGUCUUGUUUGAAUGGCUGGUUUGAGCAGAGGUGUCCUCUGGCUUAUCUGGGCUGCACCUUCAACCAGAGAAGACUGCAGCCCUCCACACACAGAGCCACAGUCUACUUUAACCAGGACCUCAGCAUCUUUACGCUCAGACCCGAUAUUGCCACAUCUCAUCAUCUCAUGGCUGAUUCCCAAAUGGUUCCAGCACAACAAACACAAGUUGGAUAUGAGGAUUCUCUCAGUAAUCUUCCUUUUGAGGUGCUGCGUCAGAUCGCUAAGUGCCUGGACAGUUUCUCUCUUUCCCAGCUGGCCCUGGUGUCCCGACUUUUCCGAGAUGUUUGUGCCACGUUCCUGCAUGAGAGAGGAAUGGUCAGCUUGAAAUGGAGGAAAAGACUAUACUCUCACGGUGGAGCCAAGUGGAAAUCAUCCAUAGUUUGGGAAUUCAGCAGUCUGUUCAGCAGAGUGAGCACUUGGUGUAUUGCUGACACUCUUCCCAUGGCUGAGCAUCUUAAACACUGUCCAUUUUACCAAAGAGAACCCAAAACCAAACCUUUUCCACUGCCCAGCUUAUGGAAGAACAAUGAAGAUCCAAAGGCUCAGAAAAAUCUCGUCACACAAUUUAUGGAGUGGAGCUAACAUUAACAUGAUUACUAGUUUGAUUUGUUGUGCAAUAUUUAUAAAUUAUUGCAGUUAUUGCACUAGACUGAAUGAAAAGAAAAAUGUAGUGCUCACCAGAACAUUUUUAGGGCAAAUGUUAACACUGACCUUUUGGAUCAGACUAAAAUGUACUGCUUCCUAAGUUGUAAUAAGGUACAUGUUUUGAUGUUUCGGUAGAAUAGUAAUGUAAGGAUGAAAAAUUAAAAGCUUAUAAUUCAUUUCACCUCGCUCCUUGUAGCUGCUUGAUCAAGAGUAACCAGUGGAAGUUCCACCAACACCCAUCUGUUUCUAUGUUCCAUGCCAAACACUAUGAUCUCUAGUGUCUAAAACUUCAUCCUGAAGAUUCAACCAUGACUGAAUGGACUGACAUUGGACACACUUUCCACAAAUGAUAAAUGGAAAUUCAUGGAAAGUUUUACCUUAUCAGUGAUCAUGCUUUGCUUUUUGUAUUCUUUAUCAAUUAUAUUAUAUGGCAAAAUGGACACCUGAGUAUUGAACAUCCCAUUCCAAAUUCAUGGGCAUUGAUAUGGAAUUUGCUUCUAUAACAGCCUCCACUCUUCUGGGAUGGCUUUCUACAAGAUUUUGGAGUGUCGCUUUAAGGAUUUGUGCUCAUUCAGCCGCAAGAGCACAAGAGGUCAGGCAAUGAUUUAAGAUGAGAAGGCCAGGUUGAUGCACCUUAAUUACAAAGGUGUUUAAUGUGAGGUCAGGGCUCUCUGCAGGCCACCUUAAUUCUUACACACCAACCUUGGCAAAUCAUGUUUUUAUGGAUCACACUUUGUGCACAGCUGCAUUGUCAUGCUGGAACAGGUUUGAGACCUUUAGUUCCAGUGAAAGGAAAUCUUAACGUGACAGCAUAGAAAGAUAUUCUAGACAAUUGUAUGCAACAGUUUUAUGAAGACUUUUGUGAAUAUGGGUGUUCUGGUCAGGUGUCCACAUACUUUUGGCCAUAUGGUUUAACAUCA